AUGUCUCCCAACGAAACCAACGGUCAGCCCUCAGACAACACAGGUUUCGCUACGAGCAACCCUCGCUCCUCAUCUCCAGGAGCUGCGUCAACUAACAGCGGAGCAUCUACUGGAAUCCCUUGGUUUCAUAGGCCAGCUCCUUCCGGAACUGAUUACCAGGCACAGAUGGAGUUUUAUGUAAAUAACGAAGAUAAGGAACUUGAAGCGUUCCUUGGAGCAGAAUGA